AACAGAUCAAGGUCGGUCUAUUACCUCCUUUUACAACUACCACCACAACAGUCUGUCUUGCGGCAAUGCCUCCGUCCAAGCCAGACUUCAAGGAUCAUAUCUGUCCGCCAUCGAAUGCCACACAUCCCUCAGACCGCUGGGAAUCUCUUUUCGUUUACUCAUUCAUCUGCAAGUUCACCAAUCUGCGGGGAAAGGUCGACGGGCUCGAGACUCCAAUGGACCUGGAAAAUGCGCUCUUGUCGCAGGAGCCAAAUCCAAUAUUAAGCCAAGUGCUUAGUCGGUUUAUACUGAACCUCAGGCCACAAACGCGUAAUUUAGGCAUAGAUCAGAUUUCUUCUACCGUGGCCAAUGUCCUAACCGAGUUCUUCAAAACAUCUGAAAGAACGGUGUUCUGGGAUGAAGAUCUCCGAAGGAACGUGGAUCCUCUUUCAGGUCUAGAAGGGGGUUUCUUUGCGGCCAGUUGGGAUUUAAAACUCAAUGUUCUGCGUCAACUUGUUGAAUUACAACUCGUCCACAGUGCAGAUAUCAAGGCCAAACUUGAUCGCGCGUGGGGAGUCGCUCCACACAAGCAGAAGAAGAAAGAAAGCGAUUCAUCCCGCCCAAGAGCGGAAGACCCCUUCAGUCGAACCCGGCUCCAGCUCCUGCCCAUCGGACAAGAUGUGGACCGCAAACGUUACUGGAUAGCAGAUGAUUCUCCUCGGAUCUACGUUUCGACCAAUCCUUGGAAGAUGUCUUCUACUUUUGAAACUUUGGCAUCCACGCGUGAAGAGUACAUGGCUGCCAUCGAGAGUCUCAAAGCCUCCGCGCCUAAUCCUAAAAAGUCUGCUCGCGCUGCUCAUGUUAAACGAGCGGAAGCGCAACAUUCUGCUUUGAUCUCAUCACUGGAGGAACGUGUUCCAGCUAUAGACGCCGAAAUAGCGCGUGCACAAAGAGCCCGCCGAAAAAUGGAACAACGAUUGGCCCUUUAUGCUCAAGCAGACCUAAGAGAAACUCGAACGCGACGCCAAACCCGAAAGCCGGAUUACGUGGACUAUAUUCAGGAUCUUGACAGUGAUAAUGAUGCUGACGAGUAUAGAUACCAAGACGAUGGCUAUGACGAGGAUGAGGACUUUGCAAAUGAUCAGGACUCUGAUUCCAAGCCGUCGAGAAAACGCCACAGAGUGACAAAUGUUGAACCACGACGAUCUACCCGGACGUCUACAAGGUCCAAUGGCAAACGAGAAGCGUCUGCGGAUGACCCCUGGGGAGGUUGGAGGGGGGAACGACGUUCAACGCGUCUUGGAGCACCUGCAGAUACUCAAUUUGAUGCUGAACCGUCAAGCAAACGAGCGCGGACAGCAGACAGUACCGCCAGCACGAAUUCUGGAGAUCUACGUAUCUCCCCCGUAGAUCCGCCACCGCAAAGUAAAAAUGGGUUGGGAAUUAAGGCUUCUGGUGCGGCGGCACUGAAGCCCACAGAAGUGGCUCUGGAGCAGAUUGCCGGAAAGAAGCGGUCAAAGUAUUGGGUGUACGCCGUAGAGCCUUCAAUGCUUUCGCUCGAGCCUGAGCCUAAGGAUCGGGCGUCUACGAUGAAUGAAGUGGAAACGAAUGGAACGGAGAGGAAUGGUAAUGGCAAUGUUGAUGUGUCGAUGUCUCCCCCCUUCGAUGAAGCAGAAGAUGACUCGGACUAUCCCAAGAGCAUGGAAGGUAGCCUGUCGCCUAUAGAAUCGUCAUAGCGGUAUACUUCCGACUAUUACAACCUACUGCAUAAACAUUAUCUUAACGUACAAGUAUUUGCAUUGCCUCAUAUUCAUUGUUCAUACAUACCCACAUGUUAGCCGGCGUCUCUUAUUAUUUAAGCAUUCUUCGACUACUCACCAACUUCUCGUUCGCUUUUCACUUUUCAGAAUCCCAGACAGAUCUAGUGAAACCCUAUGCCGAUUCAGAUCGGUAUUCCCGGGUCCGAGAUCAAGCGAUGUACAAUUUGUGAGACUUGAAAG